GUCCGGCCGGUGACCCGAGAAGAGGCGGCGCCGCUCCAAGAUGUCGCAGACGGCCAUGUCCGAGACGUAUGAUUUUUUGUUUAAGUUCUUGGUUAUUGGAAAUGCCGGAACUGGCAAGUCAUGCUUACUUCAUCAGUUUAUUGAAAAACAAUUCAAAGAUGACUCAAAUCAUACAAUAGGAGUGGAAUUUGGUUCAAAGAUAAUAAAUGUUGGCGGUAAAUACGUAAAGUUACAAAUAUGGGAUACAGCAGGACAAGAGCGAUUCAGGUCUGUGACGAGAAGUUAUUACAGAGGUGCAGCGGGGGCCCUCCUUGUCUAUGACAUUACCAGCCGAGAAACCUACAAUGCACUUACUAAUUGGUUAACAGAUGCCAGAAUGCUAGCAAGUCAGAACAUUGUGAUCAUCCUGUGUGGAAACAAGAAGGAUUUGGAUACAGAUCGUGAAGUUACUUUCUUAGAAGCCUCCAGAUUUGCUCAAGAAAAUGAGCUGAUGUUUCUGGAAACCAGUGCACUAACAGGGGAGAAUGUAGAAGAAGCCUUUGUGCAGUGUGCAAGAAAAAUCCUUAACAAAAUUGAGUCAGGUGAACUGGAUCCGGAAAGAAUGGGCUCAGGUAUCCAGUAUGGAGACGCUGCCCUGAGACAGUUCAGGUCUCCACGGCAAGCACAGGCCCAGAGUGUUCAAGAAUGCGGUUGUUAA